UCCUCAGCCAAGAGCCUGCGGGUGACCAUUGGCGAGGCGUUCGAGCGGCUGCACCGGCUGCUGCGGGAGCGGCAGAAGGCGAUGCUGGAGGAGCUGGAGGCGGACACGGCGCGGACGCUGACCGACAUCGAGCAGAAGAUCCAGCGCUACAGCCAGCAGCUGCGCAAGGUGCAGGAGGGCGCCCAGAUCCUGCAGGAGCGCCUGGCCGAGGCUGACAAACACGUCUUCCUAGCCGGCGUCGCGUCCCUUUCCGAGAGGCUGAAGGGGAAGAUCCACGAGACCAACCUGACGUACGAGGAUUUCCCCACCUCCAAGUACAUGGGCCCGCUGCAGUUCACCAUCUGGAAAUCCCUAUUCCAGGACAUCCACCCUGUGCCGGCAGCGUUGACGCUGGACCCCGGCACAGCCCACCACCGCCUGAUCCUCUCGGACGACUGCACCAUCGUGGCGUACGGCAACCUGCACCCCCAGCCGCUGCAGGACUCCCCGAAACGCUUCGACGUGGAGGGGUCGGUGCUGGGGGGGGAGGCGGUUGGCGGCAACCAGUACAGCGCCUGCACCGAGCCCUGGACGCGGCUCAACGUCAAGAGCAAGCUGGAGAAGGUGGGGGUCUUCCUGGACUACGACAAGGGGCUCCUCAUCUUCUACAACGCCGAUGACAUGUCCUGGCUCUACACUUUCCGGGAGAAAUUCCCCGGCAAGCUCUGCUCUUAUUUUAGCCCCGGGCAAAGUCACGCCAACGGCAAG